AUGUUUUACAAAUUAUUCAAGUGUAACUAUCUAAUGAAUUUUAUUAUUCACAAUAACACUAUUUUACAUUUAUUAAUGAAUAGAAUAAGAAUUUAUUCAUAGCGUAAUCGUUACAAUAGUAUUGAUGAAAGUAAAUUCAAAUCCACAACAUAUCGACCAAUUUAAGAAAAAAAUCUGUAAUUGAUAAAUAAGAAUACUCUCAUACUUUAUAUUAACAGAAUUUGUAAAUAUAUUCAAGAAUUACAAUAAUAUAAGAAUGAAGGAUAUAUUAGGAAUAUUCUUAACAAAAUAUUUACAUCAACAUCAAAUUUUAAAGAUAUCUAAGAAAUAUUUAACAUUCCUGUUGUUCAUUUAAAUCGUGAUAUUUUACUGAAUAGAACCAUUCACUUCAUAAACACACUAUAAAUCAAACCUUCUUAGUAAACUCUUUAUUUAUAAAAUUUUAUGAAAUGGUUCGCAUAUUUGGAUGAAUUACUCUAUAGUGAAAUGGAAAAAAUACAUGAACAUUAUCUUUGUGGUAUAUAGAGUAAGAUAGUUGAUUAAAUAAAACUUAAUAAACUUAAAUAAGUUGAAUUAAAACGAACUUUAAAUCCAAAGAAGAAAGAAAUCAUUUAAUAUAUAAACUAAUUUUCUAUAAAACCAAUUCAUAAAUAAUUUAGUUCUGUCUAAUCCAUAGAAUAAUACGAGAAUAAAUUUGGAGAAUUUGACCUUAUAUCAUCAUACUCUAGAAAUUAUGCUAAAUAACUUGACAAAAUUAAUCUAGAUCUUAAUUAAUAUUAUUAAUGA